UGCGGCGAAUCGACUUUUGCCAGUCGAAUUUUCGUCACUCGAGCAACGACACUCGAAGUGUAAACCGCAGAAGUAUUGAAUGCGGCUAAAAAAAAAAAGGAACAAAACAGCUACAAUUUUAUAUCUAAAUGUCAACUGGUAUUUGAAUGUCUACACAAAUACGAUAAAUGGCCGAAACAGACGAAGUUGAGGGGGUGGAAAGGGCAAAGGAGGAAACGAGCCUAGCAGCUAAUAUAGCAAAGGUCGAAAAACUGCGCGGCUGUUCGCGCUUCAUCCGGAAUGUGGUCAACACCUAUGGACGGCAGCUGGCCCAGGAAAAAUAUCUCAAGCUCAACAUGCUCAUAGAGCUGCUAGAAAACGAAAUACCUGCUGAGGAGUUCUAUCAUCGUUAUCCGUUAAGCAAAAUUGAGAGCGUUAUUGAUAAGCUAAAGGCCAACUUUGGACCCCUGCUCAGUAACGAAAUAAUUGUCAUUGCUGAUUCUUCCGAGACUCCGAGUGAAUCGGAGCCAAGCACCUCGAAACUAGCCGAAGAAUCUGCCGCCAAGUCCAAAUCAGCAAAAGUCGCAGCCGAAUCGAAUGGUUGCUCGACGCCCAAGUCCAGGACUUUGCGCAAAUCGGCUCCAGCUGCGGCAGCCAAGAGCUCAACGAACUUAGAACGUCGCUUUAAUCCGUCCCGACCCAGCACACCAGAGCAAACGAGCUCACCGCCGCAGCCGUUGCGCUCGCCAACGACCACAACGUCCUCGGCGAACUUCGAACGUCGGACACGGCCGGCGAGUGUAACAGUUGAUCUAACCUUGCAAAUUGGCAGCAGGCGGUCAGAUUUUAUGCGCCGCAGUAAUCCGCCAGCGACAGCUUCAACAAAGUCACCCGUUUCCAACGUUUGCAGUCCGAAGUCAGUCGGCUCACCACAAAUGGUGUUUGAGCGACGCUCCAAGCCGCCGGUGCCAACGGCCGCGGAUACGAGCCACGAGGAUAAAUCGCUCGAAGAGGCACGCAAAAAGCUGGCCGCCCUACGCGGUGAGCCGCAUGCCAAUGUGAAUACGAAUUUGAGUGCUCUGCAGUUGUCCUCCAACUCUAAUGACCCGCGCGGACGCAAUGCCAGCUAUGUAAACAGUCUGGGCAGUCAACAUGCUCUUUCCAAAUCACCAACGCCAGUGGCGUCCGGCAAACCCAAUUGGCCGGCGGCUAUCGCUCAGCAGAACAUUCCAACCGCAACGCCAUUGCUACGCACGCGUGCGCCACUCAAUCUAAAUACAUCGGCUGCAAUUGCUGCUGCUGCAACUGCUGCUGCUGCUGCUGCAGCGGCGACCGGCUGCAGCGAUGCACUGCAUCCGACCGUGCUGGAUUACAAUGAGACGCGACGCUACAAUGCAGCAGAGUUGCGUGACACGCACAAUCCGCGUCCCAACAACUGGUGCAACAACAGCAACAUUUUGCCAUUGUCUAGCCAACAAAUUGGAUUUCAGCAGCUGGGACCAGUAGCGUCCAAUCAACAGUAUCCAGGCGCAGUGCGUCACUCUUUGCCUGCAUAUCCCACAGGCUACGAGGGCACAUCGCCACCCAUCAACUGGCAGCCGUCUAACAUCUAUAAAAACAAUAGCAAUAGCACUAGCAAUAACAACUUUAGCUAUAACAAUAACUGGUCGAAAAAUCAGGCUUAUAACAAGCCGCCCAACUUUAUGUAUCGCGGCGCCUAUAAUCGGGGUCAACGGUUUCCGGCACCUGCGACUCAGGCGAACAACGGCGAGCCGCGCACCUAUCGUGAGUAUCGAGAGGCGAAGGCAGCAGCCGCUGCCAAAAUGCAGGCUGACAAGCAACGCCGCCUGGAAGCGGCCGAGAAGCCACUGGAGCCAGACACGCCGCCAGCGACAGUCGAGAGUGAACGCGUCCGGCUGGACACUUCGUAUCGCAAUUUGAGCGCAGCUGCCUCCACUAAGAUGAGCGAUUUUAAGAUACCGAAGAAAGUGAGUACGGAGAAGUCAAGCGAAUCGAGAGGCCAGAAGCCUGAUAGAACUGAUAAGUCGGAUGAGCGAGAUGAGAUCCAGGCGACAAUUUGUGAUGAUGAGGAGAACUGGGAUGAUAUUGAUGUUGAGCAGGAGCUGAGUACCUCGAUAAUGCCCAGUGAUAGCGGCGAAUUGGGUACGAAAGAAAAGUUAAAGAACCCGGAUAAGGGUCAUAAGUCAGAUACGCUGAAUAAAUCGGAAAAGACAACACAAAUGGACGUAACGGAUAAGACAAAAAAAAGUGAUAAGAGCGAAAAUUCUGAUAAUUCAGCUAAAAAUGCUGAAACCGCUAAUAAUGAUAAGUCGGAUAAGUCAAAAAGAUGUGAAACAAUCGAUAAAAGCAAAGAAAAGUCGAACAAGCCGGAUAAGGCGGAUAAAAAGUCGCACAAGGAUCAUCAUGCUAAACGUGACAAGUCCAAAAAUCGAGAAAAAAAAACCAUAAAGGAUAAGACUAAACAUGCGAACAAAAAUGAGAAAACAGAUGCGGAUAAGCCGCCAAGCAAAGAAGAUAAUGAGCCAAAAACAACGGAUAGUACGGAUAAUGUGGAGAAUGAACCGCCGACGCAAGAGGAGACAACGGAGAAGGCCAAUCACAAAAGUAAAGUGCAAGAAGAGGAGGAUGAUGAGGAUGCGAUUAUUGAUGUGGAAGAGCUGUCCGACAUAACGAAACCAAAAAUCGAAGAACUUUUGCUGGCAAUCGAGGACGAGCGGCCCAAAACGCCGCCCAAGUUGCCCAAGAUAAAGGUGGUGCUGAAACCUAAUGCACAUACCAUAACGGUAAUACCUGACUGCGAUGAUGGCGACGACACGAUCGAAAUGAAAUCGAGGCCAGAUGCCGAGCCGGAGCUAAAGCGUAUCAUGAAGCGCCGGAAAUCCAUGAUGCCGUUAGCUAGCAAACCUUUAGUGGAUAAAUCAAAGCUAUUCACGGGCAACAGCUUCGUCUACGAGGACGUCGUGGACCAUCAGCGACAGCAGCAGGUGGAGGACAUGGAUCAAACGGAUACAAAUGCCACGCUCGGUCGGCGCACCACCAAAAGUCUGGCCAACAUGUUCGAGAAGUCAAACGACAAUUGCAGCAUAUCCACGCAAAAUAUAGUCGCCGGCAAGCGAAGGUCGCGCUUCAAUGAGCUAACUUUGAAUGAGACGCAGCUAAGUCGAAAUGUCUUCAAGAUGGGGUCUAGCCAGAAUAGCAAAUCGAGGGCGAAGCCCAAAGAGAAGGAGCAGGCUUCUGCCAUAUCCAGCAAAAGGAAAAACUCAAGCACUAACACCACCAAGACCAGCACCAGCACCACCACUGACGCCUCUACCUCCAUCUGCACCCCCAAUCCUGCCCCAACUCCUACCCCUACCCCUACCCCUACCGCUACCCCUACCAAACGCAAACGUGGCCGUCCGCCUAAGCUAGCGGCUGGUGAGCAUGCAAGCGAAGUCUUGAAGCAGGACCAGGAGCAGCUGCAGGAACAGGAUCUGGAAUUGCCAGCUGCGAAGCGCAUCUGCUUGGAUGCACUGCCGCCGCCAACACCCAUCAAACGCAAAACCAAGCGCAGCGAGUUGGAGAAACUGAACGAUGACAUUGCGCACAUGUAUUACGCCGCAGAUGUGAUCCGUGCAACGGGCAGACGUGCCUGUACGGCACAACAGAAGCAGUCGCUGCUGGAGCGCAGCUCCUCCACUGUGUCCAGCCGACGCAGCAGCUGCAGCCGCAGCAGCUCCAGCUUAGUCAGCCAUGCCGAGCUGGCGCCCUACAUACGCAAUGUGGCACGACGCGGACGUCGCCUUGUGCGCCUCAGCAACGGCGUCGAUCGGGCCAGCUUCAAGGCCAAGCAGCAGCAAGCCGAGCAGCUCCCAAAGCAAGCGAAGCUUCGCUGCAAAGUGCGCUUGCCACGCUGUGCCAGGCUGGAGCGCAUGCUGGCCGAACAGGCGGCCGCAGUCAGUCCGGCUGCCAUCAAAAAUACGAAUUCGUCCUGGCAUGCGAUGUCCGCUGCGUUGCAGCGCUGCGUCGUGUGUGGCAAGACAAUGCGGUCUCCCCUGCUCCAUUACGUGCACCAACACGGCGAGCACUUCGCUGCCCGGCUCCCGCCCGGCGCACUGCAGCAGCUGCGCGCCGGCCUGCACACUAAGCCCACCUAUGCUGUCCAACUGUCCGCCCUGCAGUACAUGCACAAAUGCCUCUUCUGCAACAAACAGCUGCAGAUCACCACCAGCAGCUGGGUCGAGCAUUACGCCCGGCAUACGGGCGAGUACAACUUCAAGUGCUCGCGCUGCAAAUUGCCAAAGGAGCGUCUGAAUCAAAUGGAGUGCCACGUGGCCAAGUGUGGCCUUGGGGCACGGGUUGUGCACAACAAUGGCUUUGUCCGCAGGACUCCGGUGACGCUUUUUGUAUGCCAUCUGUGCGAGUUUGUGCAGAUAAAUCGACUGAAUCUGGAGAAACACUGGCAGCAACAUCACGGCCUGACGCAGCAAUCGCUGGCGGGGCUGGGCCACGAGCUGGUACUGUAUGAGACGACGGGUGUGCCGGUGCACAAGAAUAAGGUGCCGGUACGACGGCUGAGCAAGCAGCCCAAGGCGCUGGCCGACAAGCAAAAGAACAAAGCGCUCAAGAGCCAGAAGCGAAAGCCGAACCCGAACCCUAAGCCAAAGUUGAAGCUGAAGCAGCGGAAGCAGAAAGCGCACAUUUUGGGCAUGCCGCCGCCGACGCUGCCCGAGGAGGAUCAACUGCUGGUGAUCAAUGCCUGCAAGCUGGAGGAGGAGGAAGAGCGACAGCUGCAGGCGGAGCAAUUGGCAGCAGAACAGGCAGAGCAGGAAAAGCCACAGCCAAGCCAAGCCAAGCCGCUGGCACAGCUAGAGGAACAGUUGGAUAUUUUGUCCGUGGCCGGCAUGGGCAGCGAGACGUCCGACAAUGAAAAGCAGCGCAUUGAACAGACGGAGCAGCAGCAGCAGCAGCAGCAGCAUCAUCAUGAAGAGCCAAACGAGGAAUGGGUCGAUGUCGACUCCAGCAGCAGUGUCGCCAGCAACAGCAGCACGCAGAAGUCUCUCUUUAAGAAAUUCCAAAAGUUCUACCACAAAUUGAGCCCGGCCAGCAGAUCGAGCAGCAAGUCCAACAAGUCGGCGGCCAGCAGCUGCACCGAUGGCGACUGUGCUGACAUCGAUUCCCUAGCGAAGUCGACACGAGCAGCAACCCCACCAGCUACGCAGCCAGUGGUGCCCACAGUGCCCUCGUUGUACAGCGUGGAGAAUGUGGCGUAUCGUCUCCGUGCGACUCCUACACAGGAGCCGGCUUACUAUUGCAUGCGUGCGGGCUGUAAAUUCCUAUUCUCCGACGAGGUGGAGGGUCUGGAGAAUCACUUUGCACGCGAGCAUCCGCAGGUGCGCUGGAGUGGCAAAUGCGCCAGCUGCCCGGAGCAGGCGAUGGGGCAGACACAGGAGCUUACGAUCAGAGCUGAGCUACAGCAUCUGAUCAGCUGUCACAUGGAGGUGGCCGGAGACAGAACUACGCCACUCGCAGAGCUAGCCAUGCCCAAGCUGCGAGUGCGUCGCUUUACGGGCGAUCGGCUGGCCGUUGAGCCGGAAGCUGCUUUAGUACCUGCGGAGCUACAGCCGGAUGUGGGGCUGCAACCAGAGCUGGAGUUGAGUCGGCAAGCGGAAUUGAAGCUUGAUCCUUGCUUAGAGUUGCGACUGCAGCCAGAGCCCCAGCCACAGCCCCAGCCACAGCCGCAGUCCCAGUCGCAGUCGGCGACGGAGCCGGACAACAUCAAUGGCAUGCCGAACGCCAUGCUGCUCAACUUGGCAGGCGAUGAGCCACAUGCGCUCAAUCAGCUUCAGCGUGUGGAGCCAAGUGAAAGCCUUGCCGCAGCUGUGGUCAAUCAUCCCUCAGAGCUGGGUCUGGCCAUCAAUCAGGUGUUCAGCCUGGCCGUCAAUGCGCCGGCACAGAUCGUCGGUGAGCCGGCCCUGGUCAAUGGCAACUUUGUGCUCACCCAGCAGCCAGCGGGCGAGUCGCCCGCCCAGAUAAACAUAUCCAUUGAUCCGCCACAGCCAGCGACUGUGCAGCGUGGCACACGCCUCGCCAUGGAUCGGUUCCGUUGCAUGGCGGCCAACUGCAAUUUCUGCGCGCACACAGUGCUACGCAUACAGGAGCACAUGCGAUUCCAUUGCUAUAGCUUCAGCAGCAAGGACUAUUUGCAGUGCGCCUACUGUGCGCACAAUGCCAAGGAUGUCAACGACUUUGUCCGCCACGGCGUCAUCGAGCAUGGCCUCGCCUCACGCUCCGAGCUGAACGAGUCGGAUGCCAUGUCCGCCGCUACAGGCGCAACGUCAACAGCUCAACGCAUUCGCGAUUUGUUCAAUCAGCGCAAGAAUGCAAAUGCCACAGUCACAGCCACAGCCACAGCCGCAACCACAGCCACAGCCGCAACCACAGCCACGCCUACGACAACGACUUCACUCGUUUCCGCUGCAACUGUUGCAGCUGCAGCAGCUCAGUCGCCAGCAACAUUCUGCUUUACCCGAACAAACGGCAGGCCCACUAACAACAUCCUCGACUUCUUCCUUACGACGACCGGCUUUGAUGAUACCAAGCUCUACGCUUGCCCCUACAAAACGUGCAGCUGCUCGUUGACUGAAGACACGUUUGUCAAUCAUGUCAUCUACCAUAUGACAAGUGAUCCGAAUAUUGGGCCACUCGUCUGUAAGUUUUGCCGUCAGACUUUCGAGCGUGCGGUCGUCCUGCGUUCCCAUUUGCAGCUGGUGCACGCGUGCCACAAAUACAUUUGCAGCAUUUGCCUGGAGACGACGGUGAAUCAUAGACUGAUGCAUCAGCAUAUGCUGAGCCGACACGGCGACAAGUAUCGCCUGGUCAAUUGCCAGCAACAGCUUUUGGAGCUUCAGGUGCAGCAGCUUCAGGUGCAGCUGCAGCCAGAUGCGGCACGAUUCCAAUGCUGGGUUAGCGUUAUAGAGCGGCCCUUUAACAGGUUGCAACUGGAUGAGUUCUUGAAGCAGGUGCUUCUCGAGUGUAUCCAGCGACAUGAGGGCACCAAGAUCAGCUUUCGGCCAUCGGAGCUGCGGCUGCUGCCACGUCAGGCAACAUUCAAACAGAUGUUGCAAUGUGCCGACUGUCAGUUCCAGUCACGGGAAUACAAACAGCUGCACAGCCAUCUGUUGGCGCACAAGGAGCAGGCGUUGGGUGUCGCCUGCCUGGAGGAGCAGCCGUUAACAAAGGCAGCGGGCCCAACGGAGGCGGCGGUGGCGACAUCGACGGCCACGGCCACGGACACGUCGGAAACGGUCAAUGCUGCUGUGACACGCUCUCAUAAGGCGCACACACCCCGAUGGCAAUAUGUGCCCAAGGGGAAACGCUUCAUCUGCGGCAUACCCAACUGCAAAGCCCAGCUGCCGUCGGAGCUGGCGUUGCGUCAACAUUUCAGCACAGCGCACAACUACGGCGAGCUCGUCCGCUGUGUCCACUGCCUCAGCGAGGACACGCUCAGCAGCAUCGACAAGUUCUUCGAGCAUUUAUCGUACCACAAGCGUUACAUCUUCCAGUGCGGCCUCUGCUCCUCGUUCCAUCCCAGGCGCAGCUUCAUCGAGCGUCACAUACACGAGCGCCACAGCAGCAAUGGUGUCGAUGUGGUCAUACACAGGCGCAGCGAGAACGCCAGCAGCGACGAGACCCGUUGGCUCCAGUCCUCUUUUUGUUUGCGCUCCAAUUCGGAUGACUUUGUGUGCAAUCUGUGCAGCACUGUGCUGGAGAGCCAAUCGGCGAUGCGGACUCAUGUGGAGCGGCAGCACGGACGCAAGCAUCAGUAUAGCUGUGGCUUUUGCAACAUGGGCGCUAAGGACAUAACGCCACUGAUCAUACAUCUGCGACGCGAUCAUCCCAACCAGCGAGUGCAGCCGAUUAUGAACUAUCAGCGCUCCAAGGGCAAGAACAGGCAAACGUUGGGCUUCUAUUGCAACAUAUGCGACAGUGCAGCCAAAAGCUAUCAGCGCAUCCGCAAGCACUGUGCAACACAGCAUCAGAUUGGCUUUCAGUUCAGGUGUCCGCACUGCGAGUUCGGCGACACCUUCGAGCGGACGGUGGUCCUGCACAUGCGAGAGAAGCAUUUGGGUGCAACGGGCCUUGUCACACAGCAGUUCGAGCGGGUGGCCAAUGAGUUGCUCGACAGCGACUACUGGAAGAUGGCCAAUGCACUCGACGCAGCGGACAACACUGCCAGCAGCAGCAGCAACAGCAGCAACAACAACAGCAGCAGCAACAACAACAACAACGAUACCCCUUUGACUGAGCCCAUGGUCAUCGAUGAGAUUGAAUUGUUGUCGUCCGAUGAGGAGGAGAUCGAUGAACCUAAAAAUUACGAAUUCGCGUGCUCGCACUGCACCGAGACAUCGAGCAAUGUCGUCGAGCUGCGCACCAAGCACUGGGCCAACAAGCACAUCCAUAAGCAUCCGUUCUACUUCAGCGUACAGCCGCAGUUGCGCUGUCCGGUUUGCCGGAUCUUUGUGGGCAAUGCCAAGUCGCUGCUGGACAAUCAUCUGCCCAAUGAGCACUCGGUGCGGCAUCUGGUCGCGUGCGAUGUGAAUAAGCCGGACGAGUGCGCCUUCUGCCCGCAUCGAUAUACCGAAUAUUCGAGUCUCGUUCAGCAUAUGGCGACCGAGGCGCAUUUGUCCAACGACCUGAAGUUCCUCGACGACCACGAGCUGGAGCGUCUGCUAAAGCUGGGCGCCACCGAUCACGAGCAGCCGGCGAUCGAGUAUUAUCAGUGCAACAUUUGCCGCGUGAUAAUGCCAACGAAUGCGGCGAUGGCGCAGCACGGACGGGUCGAGCACAGCGAUUCGCCGGAGUUAUUUUGCUUCCGCUUGCUCACGGAGAAGAUCAUCUACCACUGUUCGUUCUGCAUGUUCGCCUCGACGCGGCAAAUGGAAACGCUGCGCCACAUGAUCGAUCACUAUAAGAAGUUCAGGUACUGCCACUUCUGUCAGGCCAUACAGAACGAUGGCUUCGACGAGUACAUACAGCACUGCUAUACAUUCCAUCGGGAUGUACUGCAUCGCUUUCAAGAGGCUCACACGUAUACGGAUCUCAAGAAGUACCUCAUGCAGGUGCUCUAUCAGUUCCAGAAUGGUCUAAUCAUUAGCAAGAGCAGCUUGCGGCACACGCGCUUUAGCGGCGACCAGGUCAUGUUGAAGCUGUAUGCGGAACUCAUGCUCAAAUCUCAACAGCCGCCCAUACCACGACUGGUCAUUAGUCAGCUGCACAAUCGCAAUUCUGCUGUGCUUACGCAGCAGCAGCAGCAGCAGCAGGAGCAGGAGGCGGCAAGAAUAACAAAGCGACGCAAAACUUUGAAUCCGGAUGAUCUCAAUGCACGUUUGAAUGCCAACACCAGCUUCCUGCAGCAGCAGCAACAACAACAGCAACUGCAGCAUCUGCAGCAUCAAUUGCAGCAGCAGCAGCAUCAACUGCAGCAGCAGCAGCAGCAGGCGGCGGCAGCGGCAGCGAGAAUAACAAAGCGACGCAAAACUCUGAAUCCGGAUGAGCUAAAUGCACGUUUGAAUGCCACCACCAGCUUCCUGCAACAGCAACAGCAGCCUAUGCAGCAGCCGCAGCUGCUUCAUAAUCAACAUGAACGCGCCUUGCUCAUCAAUUGGCAUACAUCGUUUAUGGGCGAUAGCCUAGCCAUGGCCACGCCGCAGCCACAGCCGCAGCCACAGCCGCAGAUGCCGUCAGCGAAGCAGCGGAUUGCGAAACGUCGCAGCACCUUUGUGGACAUCGGGCAGCUGAGCAACAAGCGGAGCUGCCCCACCGAUCAGAUUUCCUGAUCGCAGCGAAUCCGGAACCAUAUCCGAGCUCAUCUGCAGUAUUUUUCCCAAGCGCAACAUGAUAAUAAUUUUUUUUAUCCAUAAUACGUAACUAAACUGUAACUGUAAUAAAUGUGAAAUUGCAAUCGCGAGCAACUGUGCCGCCGCAAGCGGCUGACAAACAGUUCAAUCAUUAUGAAACACAA